AUGUCAACAAUAAUUCGUACCGCACGUUUUUCUACAACCUUGCGGCAUCGACCAGCAUUAUUAGCUUUAACCACCAGACCCUGUUUGGCCUUAUCUAAGGUUCCAGGUCACUUUCAAAACUUUCACGACUCUUCCCAAAAAAAGAUUAUUGGUGAUGUUCGGUCACAAAUACCACAGGUGACUACCCAGCAUAUUCCUGAGUCGGUGGCAGCUCCUCAGGACAUUUCUAGCACCGAAUUUUCUAGUGCCCACCUCAAAGCCUACUCUGCUUCGGAGUUGCUCUCGUACCUUAUUAUGGGCCUUUGUACCGUCAACAAGACCAUACUCAAUCUUUGCAUCAAGGUGUUCCCCUACGUGCCUAUUCCGGUCAUCAAGGCUUUGGUUUACAAGAUUUACUGUGGUGGCGAGACUUUUGACCAGGUGAGAAAAACCGGAGCCCGGCUCAGCGACAGGGGAAUUCACAACAUGAUGCUCUCAUUAACCAUUGAGGCAUGCGACGGCAACGAUAAAGUUGAUCCAGACAGCAUUGUGAGCCAAACCCGUCAAUCUGUGCGUGAUAUUCUCAUUCCUCACACCGAGAGUAUCAUCAAUACCAGCGGUAAGGAUAUCAACUCGAUUCCUCCCGGCUACGUAGCCUUGAAACCCACCGGUUUUUCUCACGACGCAGCCAACGUUUUGCGCUACUACAAUGCCAACCCAAAGUAUGCUGCUAUGUUUGACGAAUUGGUGGAAAGAGCUUCGUCCAUUUGCCAGGAAAUCUACGACGCAAACUCCAAGUUUGCCCUUAAAUACCCCAACAGAACUGCUCCCUUGGUAGUGGGUGUCAUUGACGCUGAGAAGCACGACUUGCAAGAAGGUGUCUACGAACUUCAACGAAGACUCUAUGCCAAGUUUAACCCAAAGAACAAACCCGUCAGCGUUGUGGGAACUUUACAAAUGUACUUGGCAGGUUCUUCUGACCUCUUGGCGAUGGAGGAGCGUUUGGCGGCUGAACAUGGCUACCGGUUGGGGCUUAAGCUCGUUCGUGGAGCAUACAUUCACUCUGAAAAGGACCGUUCUGUUAUCCACAAAACCAAGGAAGACACUGAUAAAAACUACAACCAAGGUAUCACCUACUGCUUGGAGUCCAUCUUGGCCCACCAGGGCAACACCUCCGUCAUUGGACACUUGGUGGUGGCCUCUCACAAUGCCGAGUCACUUUCUUUGACCACGAGAAAAUUGGCCGAACCAGUAUACGCAUCCAACAGCAACAAGAGCAACAUUGUUUUGGGCCAGUUGAUGGGAAUGGCUGAUAACAUUACCUACAACCUCAUCAAGGAAUACAAGAUAGACAAUGUCAUCAAAUACGUUCCUUGGGGACCUCCACUUGAAACCAAGCACUACUUGUUGAGACGUCUUGAAGAGAAUGGAGAUGCGGUCAAAAGCGACAAUGGUUUCCCGUUGGUAAAGGCGGUGGUUUCUGAAAUGAUGGCUAGAUUUAAAAGUGUAUUAUUAUAA